AUGGUCCUCAAUUGGUCAACUGGUGUAGAAUUAUUUUUUGAGGUACCAGUAGCACUUAUUGUCAGUAUUAUUAUGUGUAGAACAUUUUAUCAUGCCAAAUUUUAUCACAAUAAUUUUCGUGUUCUAUUAAUUAAUUAUCCAGGAGCAUUUAUAUUUAUAUGUUUUAUUAAAAUGAUAACAAAAACUAUGACAAUAUGUUCAUACAGAGGUCCUGUUAGAAGUUAUUUUACUGAUUUAAUAUCUGUAGCAUUAUUUUCAACAACUUUUACAACAAUUGGUUUUAUAUUAGAACGAUCAGUUGCAUUAAUUUAUUACUAUAAAUAUGAAUAUUUUUGUAAUAAUGUACCAUAUAUUGGUAUUACAUUAAUUGUAAUAUCAUGGAUAAUUGGUGCUACAUUACGUAUAGUAAGUCGUUUAUAUAAAUUAAAUGUUCUUUUAUUUGUAUAUUCAUCUGGUAUCAUACAAAUAACAUCACAGAUUGUUUGUUUUUGUAUUAUAAAAGCAUCAAAAAGACAAUAUACUUUAAAUGAAUCAAUUAAAUCACGUUUAGAAAAUAGAAAAUGUACCACUUCAUCAGUUAUAUCAAUAAAAUAUCAAACUAUUGAAAAUAAAAAAAUUAUAAAAAUGAUGAGUUAUUUUAUUGCAACAACAACAAUAACAACAACACUUGACAUGGUAGCAUUAGGUAUUGAAAAUGGAUUUUUUUUACAUAUACCUGAUAAAAUAUUAGUAGGAUUUAUAGGAAAUGUUGUACCAUAUUUAAAAGCAUGUACCGUACCAUUAACUGUUGUGUUUGUUGAUGAUAGAUGUAAAAAAAUUUUAAUAUGUUUAUUGGGAAAUUUUAUUGGAAAACUUAUUAAUAGAGGAUCUGUAGAACCUCAUCAUGUAGUUAAAGAUUCUAAACUUAAAAAUGAAAUUAAUAUGUCUACUGAUAAAUUAAAUGAAAUUUAUUUUACCAAUUAUGCUAAUCAAUGGAAAUGA